AUGGCCUUUCAGGACCUUCUGGAUCAAGUUGGAGGCCUGGGGAGAUUCCAGAUCCUUCAGAUGGUUUUCCUUAUAAUGUUCAACAUCAUAGUAUACCAUCAAACUCGGCUGGAGAACUUCGCUGCAUUCAUACCUGAUCAUCGCUGCUGGGUUCAUAUACUGGACAAUGACACUAUCCCUGACAAUGACCCUGGGACCCUCAGCCAGGAUGCCCUCCUGAGAAUCUCCAUCCCAUUCAACUCAAAUCUGAGGCCAGAGAAGUGUCGUCGCUUUGUCCAUCUCCAAUGGGAGCUCCUUCAUCUGAAUGGGACCUUCCCCAACACGAGUGAGCCAGAUACAGAGCCCUGUGUGGAUGGCUGGGUAUAUGACCAAAGCUCCUUCCGUUCCACCAUUGUGACUAAGUGGGAUCUGGUAUGUGAAUCUCAAUCACUGAAUUCAGUAGCUAAAUUUCUAUUCAUGGCUGGAAUGAUGAUGGGAGGCAACCUAUAUGGCCAUUUGUCAGACAGGUUUGGGAGAAAGUUCAUGCUCAGAUGGUCUUACCUCCAGCUCGCCAUCGUAGGCACCUGUGCAGCCUUUGCUCCCACCAUCCUCGUAUACUGCUCCCUGCGCUUCUUGGCUGGGGCUGCUACAUUUAGCAUCAUUGUAAAUACUGUUUUGUUAAUUGUAGAGUGGAUAACACACCGAUUCUGUGCCAUGGCAUUGACAUUGACAAUUUGUGCUGCUAGUAUUGGACAUAUAACCCUUGGAGGCCUGGCUUUUGUCAUUCGAGACCAGUGCAUCCUCCAGUUGGUGAUGUCUGCACCAUGCUUUGUCUUCUUUCUGUUCUCAAGGUGGCUGGCAGAGUCUGCUCGGUGGCUCAUUAUCAAUAACAAGCCAGAAGAGGGCUUAAAGGAACUUAGAAAAGCUGCACACAGGAAUGGAAUGAAGAAUGCUGAAGACAUCCUAACCAUGGAGGUUUUGAAAUCCACCAUGAAGCAAGAACUGGAGGCAGCACAGAAAAAGCAUUCUCUUUGUGAAUUGCUCCGCAUACCCAACAUAUGUAAAAGAAUCUGUUUCCUGUCCUUUGUGAGAUUUGCAAGUACCAUCCCCUUUUGGGGCCUUACUUUGCACCUCCAGCAUCUGGGAAACAAUGUUUUCCUGUUGCAGACUCUCUUUGGUGCAGUCACCCUCCUGGCCAAUUGUGUUGCACCUUGGGCACUGAAUCACAUGAGCCGUCGAGUAAGCCAGAUGCUUCUCAUGUUCCUACUGGCAAUCUGCCUUCUGGUCAUCAUAUUUGUGCCUCAAGAAAUGCAGACCCUGCGUGUGGUUUUGGCAACCCUGGGUGUGGGAGCUGCUUCUCUUGCCAUUACCUGUUCUGCUGCCCAAGAAAAUGAACUAAUUCCUUCCAUAAUCAGGGGAAGAGCUACUGGAAUCACUGGAACCUUUGCUAAUAUUGGGGGAGCCCUGGCUUCCCUCGUGAUGAUCCUAAGCAUAUAUUCUCCACCCCUGCCCUGGAUCAUCUAUGGGGUCUUCGCCAUCCUCUCUGGCCUUGUUGUCCUCCUCCUUCCUGAAACCAGGAACCAGCCUCUUCUUGACAGCAUCCAGGAUGUGGAAAAUGAGUGA